GCAACGCAAACCUUCUCUCGUCCAACAUCGACAGCCGGUUCACUCGUUACGCAAACAUUCGCAGCACAACACAACAAUACUUAGCAUCGACAAUACUAAGUAUCACUCACUGACUGCCACCACCGCCGGCAUGCGUCUUGCCGUCGUUGACCUCGCCGCGGUGGCCCUCACCGCCACUGCGACGGUGCUCGUUCCACCGCAGAACCCUUACUUGAAUUGCGUGCUUUGCCUUCAAGACCUCGACAGUCAGACUGGCUGCCCAAACAAGCCCAAGCGGGAUCCAGAGUGCUUCUGCAGCCCGGAAAAUGCCCAUUUCGCAAAGGGCUGCAACAACGCGUGCAAGGGAAUCAGCUUCGCCAAAGAUCUCACUUGCAUCUGGGACAAUCCAGCAGCCAAGGAGCAAGACACGAUCGCCGCUCGCGGCCCAUAUGGCUGCGCCGUCUGCCUUCAGGAUGCCGAGUUGAACUUGGGCUGCGCCGGCGAUCCGUCGGACCCCAACUUCAACUUCGAGUGCCUCUGCCAGGAGCCUGGCUUCAGCACCAAGGUCAAGGAUUGCAACCUCUUCUGCGCUGACACCCCACUCAACCUCGACGUUCAGUGCCCAAAGCCCGCGCCAGUCGUCCAGCGUGACUUGACCGACGACGACCCCCGCUCGUGCGUGCUCUGCCUGGAACUUGCCUCUGCUCAGACCAGCUGCAAGCCAAACGCCGAUGGCUUCGAUUUCAAGUGCCUGUGCGAAGCCGACAAGUCCGAGUGGGUCUCCGGCUGCACCAACUUCUGCGCCAACACUCCAAACGACCUCCACACUCACUGCCGCGCUCCAUACCAGCCCAUCGCCCCAGAUUUCCCUCUCACCGCCGCCAUCACUCCUCGCGGCACCAUCGGCAACCCCAAGCAAACCGUCGACCCACACUUUGGCUUCUGUGGUCCUAAGGGCACCAACUGCAAGACCACUGUGCGAGCUCCACCAGCAGCAGUAGAGAAAUACCACCACGGCUACAAUCUCGGCAACAACGUCUUCGACAACAACCCAUACGGCCCUCCUCCUCCAACCGGCGCCCCUAUCCCCAAGAACUCCGUUCCUCACCGCGGUAACCCAUCUACCAUGCCACUCGCCAGCGGCCGUUUCGGGUUCUGCGGCCCAUCGGGCAUCAACUGCCGUCUCGAAGACACUAAGCCUUCUGCUCAGGCUGAAGCGAUGAUCAUGGUGAGAGAUAAUCUGACCACUACAAUGGGUCUGAACGCCUCGUUUAUGACGACUGCACAGGCUGUUCCGGGACCGAGUGGCGUGGGUAAUGUCACUACCACUACCAUCGCAGACGCUCCUACCAUCACUCAUACUCACGCUCACGUUACCACCGAUGCUCAGGACUCGAUGCAGAUCGCAACCCCUACUCAGACUGCGGACGUGCAGCAAGGCUCUGCUGUUGUCAAUGUUGGCAAGAGCGUCGCUGAGAUCUUGCUCGGCGUUGCUGCUAUUGCCUUGGUGGUUUGAGUUAGUCGAGAAGACAUUUCCGAUCAGCAUUUCAACAGACAUGGUUUCCUCAACAUGUAUCUCCAAAUGAGAACAGAAUGAGCUUCCCGAUGGCAUAGCAUAGGGCCGAUAGAUAGGCUGUCACUUGAUGUUUCGAGGUUAUGGCUCACUGGCGUCGAUAUCGGGCGUUCAGGUUUCGAUGAGCAAGGUACUUCAGACAUCACAACAAAGCACACAAUGA